AUGAUUCCCCCAGAUCUGUCUAACAUCACAGCAGAAGAAGAUGCAUAUGACCUGGAUGAUCUGGCCCUAAACGGCUCCAUGGGGUUAGUCCCUCCUGGGUUCUACACAGACAUCACCAAAUACCACUGGGUCCAGAUUACACUGAUCACUGCGUAUUCCCUCAUCAUCCUUCUGGGACUAUUGGGAAAUUCUCUUGUCAUUUACAUGAUUGUGCGUUAUAAAACUAUGAGAACUGUUACAAACUUUUUUAUUGCAAACUUGGCGCUGGCAGACCUCCUGGUGGAUACCUUCUGCUUGCCGUUCACUUUGGUCUACACACUGAUGGAUGAGUGGAAGUUUGGAGCCUUAUUGUGUCAUACAGUUCCUUUUGCGCAGGCCUUAAGCGUGCACGUGUCCAUCCUGACUUUAACGGUCAUCGCUCUCGAGAGGUACCGCUGCAUUGUGUUCCACCUGGGCAGACGUCUAACUUGGCAUUCCAGCUUUAUCAUCAUGGCACUAACCUGGAGCAUGUCAGCGGUACUGGCUGCACCUCUGGCCAUUUUCAGAGAAUACCGACACGAGGAGAUACUGUCCAUCAACCUUCGUAUUUCAGUCUGCUCUGAGAUGUGGCCACACGGAACUAGUAUCAUUUACAGUCUUUCCAUGCUCCUUCUGCAAUACAUUAUACCUUUAGCAAUAAUCAGCUAUGCUUACAUUUGCAUCUGGGUGAAGCUCAAAAACCACAUCAGCCCAUCGACACGUAAUGACAACAUUAACAGACGCAAGAAGACCACCAAGAUGUUAGCUCUGGUUGUGGUGGUGUUUGCCAUCUGCUGGCUUCCUUUCCAUGCCUUCCAGUUAGCCAGCGAUCUGGACCUAGUUCUCAGGUUCAAGGAGUACAAGUUCAUAUACACCGUGUUUCAUAUUGUAGCAAUGUGCUCAACGUUCACCAACCCUCUGCUGUAUGGGUGGAUGAAUAAAAACUACAGAAAUGGCUUCCUCAUGGUCUUCCGCUGCGAGGACAAGCCAGACUCCUUUCACCCAGAGGGCUCGUUCAGGACUCGCUCCACCAGAAGACUGACUCUUUAUGAUCGGAAUGGUGGUCAGCCUCCCACAGCUGUCUGA